GCUCUCGUGGCCUCGCUGUCCCGGCGGCGCCAACCGAAGCGCCGCGCCCGCUGCCGACAUGCUGCGCCGCGCUCUGCUCUGCCUGGCCCUGGCCGCGCUAACGCGCGCGGGCGCCGCCGCCCCGGAGGAGGAGGACCACGUCCUGGUGCUCAACAAGGGCAACUUCGAGGAGGCGCUGGCGGCCCACAAGUACCUGCUGGUGGAGUUCUAUGCCCCUUGGUGCGGCCACUGCAAGGCCCUGGCCCCCGAGUACGCCAAAGCCGCUGGGAAGCUGAAGGCAGAAGGUUCGGAGAUCAGGCUGGCCAAGGUCGAUGCCACGGAAGAGUCUGAUCUGGCCCAGCAGUACGGGGUCCGUGGCUACCCUACGAUCAAGUUCUUCAAGAACGGGGACACAGCUGCUCCCAGGGAGUACACAGCUGGCCGGGAGGCCGAGGACAUCGUGAAUUGGCUGAAGAAGCGCACAGGCCCGGCCGCCACCACGCUGCCCGACACGGCGGCCGCAGAGGCCUUGCUGGAGUCCAGCGAGGUGACUGUCAUCGGCUUCUUCAAGGACGUGGAGUCAGACUUUGCCAAGCAGUUCCUGCUGGCAGCGGAGGCUGUCGACGACAUACCUUUUGGGAUCACGUCCAACAGUGACGUGUUCUCCAGAUACCAGCUGGCCGGGGACGGGGUCGUGCUCUUCAAGAAGUUCGACGAAGGCCGCAACAACUUUGAGGGGGACAUCACCAAAGAGAAGCUGCUGGACUUCAUCAAGCACAACCAGCUACCGCUGGUCAUCGAGUUCACGGAGCAGACGGCCCCAAAGAUCUUCGGAGGUGAAAUCAAGACCCACAUCCUGCUGUUCCUGCCCAGGAGCGUGCCCGACCACGACCGCAAGCUGGGCAGCUUCCAGACGGCUGCCCAGCGGUUCAAGGGGAAGAUCCUGUUCAUCUUCAUCGACAGCGACCACGCCGACAACCAGCGCAUCCUCGAGUUCUUCGGCCUCAAGAAGGAGGAGUGCCCCGCCGUGCGCCUCAUCACGCUGGAGGAGGAGAUGACCAAGUACAAGCCGGAGUCCGACGAGCUGACGGCGGCAAAGAUCGAGGAGUUCUGCCAUCGCUUCCUGGAGGGCAAGAUCAAGCCCCACCUCAUGAGCCAGGAGCUGCCCGAAGACUGGGACAAGCAGCCUGUCAAGGUGCUGGUUGGGAAGAACUUUGAAGAAGUUGCCUUCGAUGAGAAAAAGAACGUCUUUGUGGAAUUCUAUGCCCCGUGGUGUGGCCACUGCAAACAGCUGGCUCCCAUUUGGGAUAAGCUGGGAGAGACGUACAAGGACCACGAAAACAUCGUCAUCGCCAAGAUGGACUCCACGGCCAACGAGGUGGAGGCCGUGAAAGUGCACAGCUUCCCCACGCUGAAGUUCUUCCCCGCCAGCACGGACAGGACGGUCAUUGAUUACAACGGGGAGCGGACACUAGACGGUUUUAAGAAGUUCUUGGAGAGUGGUGGCCAGGAUGGGGCUGGGGACGAUGACGAUAUGGAAGAUCUGGAAGAAGCGGAAGAGCCUGACCUGGAGGAGGAGGACGAUCAGAGAGCCGCGCGAGACGAGCUGUGAGGUGCAGCGUGCAGACCUGGCGCCCCAGAC